AUGAUAAAGGUAAGCGGCUUGUUACAAUUGGAAUACUGCUUGAUUUUGUUUUGAUUGUGGUUUUCAAUAACUGUAGGAGGUUGUAGGCUUAAAAAAUUUUUAGGUUUAAGACGGGAUCUUUAGGCUUACGACGGGAUUUUUAGGGUUUAAAUGUGAAUGUUAGGCUUAGUAUUAAAGUUUUGUUGAGAACUUAAGACUUUAAAUCUAGGCUUUGAUUUAUAGGCUUAAGAACUGAUUUUUAGGCUAAACUGUCUUUUUAAGUUUAAAACCUUUUUAGACAUGUUUUUAGGCUUAAACUAUGCCUUUAUUUACAAAAUACGUAUGUAAUUAUGCAUUUAGCCUUAGAACAUUGCUAUAGGCUUAAACUACGUUUUUAGGCUUAAACUAUAUCCUUAGACUUAAAACGUCUCUUUAGGCUUAAAAAUUAUCAUAGGCUUAAAAAUUUUGUAAUUUCAGAUAUUUCAUCCAGUCAUGACAUCGAUUCCGAAAACUCAAAAAGCUGCCGUAUACGACGACUACAGUGCGCCGAUAGUAAUAAAAGAUACUCCAGUACCAGAGCCAUCUCAUGACGACGUACUAGUAAAAAUACUGUACUCUGGAGUAUGUUACUCAGAUGUCAGUAUUCAUGGUGGACUAUUGCCUGGACAAAAGUUCCCAUGUGUUGGAGGUCAUGAGGGAGUUGGAGUUGUGGUGAAGGUGGGAGAUCAUGUUCAGGACGUCAAGGUUGGCGAGAAAGUUGGUGUUAAGGUACGGCUCUGAUGAUCUUAAGGGGCUUUUGGAGGUGGAAACAAAGUUUUUGCAAUUUUUUAAAGUAAGAAUGACAGACAUUGCUAUAUAAACUAUAUUAUAGUGGGUGAAUGGCACCUGCUUGAACUGUGAAUACUGUCGUGCAGGACGAGAACCUAACUGUUGUCGGCCGAUCUACACCGGCUACUCUCGGGAGGGAACUUAUCAACAAUUCACGUUGAUAAAGGAGAAUCACGCUAUCAAAUUGCCGGACAGUGUGAAUUUGGCGGAGGCUGCGCCGAUUCUUUGCGCUGGAGUAACGGUCUACAAAGCUUUGAAGGAUUCUGGAUUAAGGGCGGGACAAACGUUGGCCGUUACUGGUGCUGGUGGUGGGUUGGGCACUUUGGCUAUUCAGUAUGCCAAGGCUAUGGGAUUGAAGGUAGGGUAGAGUGGGGGUAGAUGAUUGUAAAGCAGAGUACAGAAGAGAAGGGUUGAGUAGGGUAGGGUAGGGUAGGGUAGGGUAGGGUAGGGUAGGGUAGAGUAGGGUAGGGUAGGGUAGGGUAGGGUAGGGUAGGGUAGGGUAGGGUAGGGUAAAGUAGGGUAGGGUAGAGUGGGGGUAGAUGAUUGUAAAGCAGAGUACAGAAGAGAAGGGUUGAGUAGGGUAGGGUAGGGUAGGGUAGGGUAGGGUAGGGUAGGGUAGGGUAGGGUAGGGUAGGGUAGGGUAGGGUAAAGUAGGGUAGGGUAGGGUAGGGUAGGAUAGGGUAGGGUAGGGUAGGGUAGGGUAGGGUAGGGUAGGGUAGGGUAGGGUAGGGUAGGGUAGGGUAGGGUAGGGUAGGGUAGGGUAGGGUAGGGUAGGGUAGGGUAGAUUAGAGUGGAGUAGGGCACUGUAGGGCAAGAUAUUUGUCUUUAUACCAAACAGUACUAACACAUUUUUUCCAGGUAUUAGCCGUAGAUGCAGGAGCAAAAGAGCAAGUAUGUAAAGACGUGGGAGCCGACUACUUUGUGGAUCCAUUCAGUACCAAAGACAUUGUCGCUACCAUUCAAGAACUCACGAAAGGUGGUCCUAAUGGGGUACUCAACUUGGCAAAUUCAGGUCCCGCUAUAAACAAAUCCAUCGAGUACGUGCGUACUGGUGGUACUGUAAUUAUCGUAGCUUUGCCGAAGAAUGCCAAAUUAGAUGCUGAUAUUGUGUCUACCGUACUCCGUAAUAUUACUAUUAGGACGUCGUAUGUCGGUACCAGGCAAGAUACCGACGAGGCGUUGGACUUUUUGGCUCGAGGCAAGGUGAAGGUGCCGAUUGAGAUACGGCCGUUCUCUCGACUGGUCGAGAGUUUGGAACAGGUUGGCAAGGGACAGGUGCAAGGACGAAUUGUUAUUGAUCUGUGGCAGUAA